AUUAAUGACCGAAAUAAAUUCAGUUUACUUUAUGCCUUUAUCUGGAGAUCCACUUCAAUCUUUCUGCUAUCAAAGCUCUACCACUUUCUGCAUCAAUUCCAUUAGUUUUAAUUGUUAGAGUGGUGAAGAUACACAUACAUAAUGGGAAACAAUAAAUCAACCUUUGAUGACUCCCGCGAUGGUAAUUUUCAUCAAAGCCCAGAAUAUCCAAGAAACGAAGCGGGCAUUGGAUACCCAUAUCCAUCUACAACAUACACGGGACAUUCUGUUGACCCAAACCAUCAAGCUCAAGGUCCAUCAUAUGCUGGAACUUCAAUUGACACCAAUUAUCAAAAGAAACAGCAAGCCACCUACAUAGCUGAUAACUUUAACUCUUUGGACCAGGUUAUUAAUGCAUUGAGAGAAGCAGGCCUUGAAUCAUCAAACUUGAUUCUUGGCAUUGAUUUUACAAAAAGCAAUGAGUGGACCGGCAAAUAUUCAUUCAAUCAUAAAAGCCUCCAUGCAAUUGGUAAUACACCAAAUCCAUAUGAGCAAGCCAUCUCCAUUGUUGGGCGAACUUUAUCUCCUUUCGACGAGGACAGUUUGAUACCUUGUUUUGGAUUUGGUGAUGCCACUACACAUGAUCAACAUGUGUUUAAUUUUUUCCCCGACCAUCGACCUUGUCAUGGAUUCGAGGAAGCUCUUGCACGUUAUAGAGAAAUUGUUCCUUACAUAAAGCUGGCAGGCCCAACUUCAUUUGCCCCUAUAAUCAAUGCUGCUAUUGAUAUAGUUGAAGCACACAACGGGCAGUACCAUGUCCUCAUCAUUAUUGCUGAUGGACAGGUAACCCGGAGCAGUGAUACACCACCUGGUAGGCUUAGUCCACAAGAACAGUCUACUGUUGAUUCUAUAGUUGCUGCAAGUGAAUAUCCUCUUUCAAUAAUUCUGGUUGGUGUGGGAGAUGGACCAUGGGAUGAAAUGCGUCAAUUUGAUGAUUACAUUCCUCAGCGGCGAUUUGAUAAUUUCCAGUUUGUCAACUUCACAUCAAUUAUGUCUGAGCACACCGAUAUGGGAAAGAAGGAAGCAGCCUUUGCGCUUGCUGCACUUAUGGAAAUUCCAUUUCAGUACAGACUCACCCAAAGCAUUCAAUGCACGGAAAACAAAAGAGGUCCUCGGACAAGGCCACUUCCUCCUCCCCGUGAAGUAAUUGACCAUGAUAAUGCUGUCAAAUCAUUGCCAUACCCACACGCAACAAGCUUUGGACCAGCAGACCCCGUUGCUGCAGCAGAACAAGUUUGCCCCAUCUGCUUGACAAAUCCAAAGGACAUGGCUUUUGGUUGUGGUCAUAUGACUUGCAGGGAAUGCGGUGCCACUAUAUCUCUAUGUCCCCUGUGCCGGGAGCCCAUUAAAACGCGAAUCCGGCUGUAUGGUUAAGUCCCAGCUCGGGUGUUCUUGUAAUAUAUUGAUGAAAUAACUUGUCAAGAGAUGUACAGGUCCCCUGCACUAUGAAGCAGCCUAAAUGGCUCCACCUCCAGGAAUGAAGCCCACUGUCAAUAUUAUAGCCCUUCACAAUCAGUAGAAUGAUGCUAUGAUGACUUGCAUAUAUUCAUUCAUAUUUUUGCUUUGUGCAGUUAGGGUGUUUUUGGUUUUCUCAGUUGAAUUGAUGUCUUAUGUUAAUUUAAUAUGUAAACUCAGAAAAAAAUGUUUCUGUUUGCGACAGUUUCAUGUAAUAAUGAAAGAAUCCAAUUUCGAAUAUCUAUCAA